CAGCCCACAGCAACAGUCUCCCACACUCCUCUCCUCUCUUGAGCUCUCGCUCUCUGCUCCCUGCGACUGUGUGUGUGUGUGUGUGUGUGUGUUAGUGCGAGGGGAGUGAGCGAGAUAUUAUUGCGCCCUCCAACCCCAUUAACAUCACUCACCCUCCCCGCUGCUUCCUUCCUCUGGGAGAGAGAACAGAAAUGCUCCACAGCUGCUCCCUCCUCGCUCGUCGCCUUCCCCUGGCUUGUUGAGCGCUCCCGGGCACCAGAUCUGAGUUACAGAGACUGUCUCCCGUGCCUUCGGCGUAGCGUUUGGGAGGUGGUGUUUCCAGGAUGAGCAAGGAGGAUGUGCUCAAGGUGCAGACUCUGGUGCUGAGGGUCAACAUACACUGUGAUGGGUGCGAGAAGAAGGUCAAGAAGACCCUCCACAAGAUCGAUGGCGUGUACCAGAGCAGCAUCGACGCGGAGCAGGGGAAGGUGACGGUGUCCGGCUUGCUGGAUCCGGACACCAUCAUCCGGAAGCUCAACAAGGCCGGCAAGCCCGCCCAGCUGUGGGGCGCCAAGCCCGGCGCCCCUCAGAACGGCCACCAUGGCGGCGGCGGCGGCAAGGGCCAGACCAAGGACGUCGGCGGCAAGGGCCAUUCCAAGGACGCCGGCGGCGGCAAGGGCCAGAAGGGCGGAGGGGGCGUUGGCAGCCACAACAAGGGCGGAGGUGGCGGCGGCGGGGGGAAGGAUGCGAAGAUGAUGCUGCCGCAAUCCAUGCCGCAGCCCACGCCGCAGCAGCUCCAGCAGCUGCAGCAUCAGAUGCAGAUGAAGGGGAUGAAGCUCCCGCCGGAGCUGUUGGGCGGCAAGAUGCCAGCGUUCGCAGCGGCCGCGCCGCUCAAGGACCCCAAGUCCGUCAAGUUCGCCAUCCCCGAGGACAACUUCGACGACGAGGGCAGCGAGUUCGACGACGAAUUCGACGACUACGACGACGAGGACGAUUACGACGACGACGGCCUAGACGACGACUUCUACGACGACCCCAAGAUGAUGAUGAAGCCCAUGGCCAUGCCGCCUGGCGCCGGCGGGGGCGACAAGAAGGGUGGUAACGGUGGCGGCGGCGGAAAGAAGGGUGGCGGUGGGAACGAGAUCCCCGUGCACAUCAAGGGGAACGGCCAGGCCAACCACGGCGGCGGUAAGAACGGGGGCGGUGGUCAGCCGCACAAUGCGAAGGGUGGCGCCCCGGGCGGCGGGAACCAGCCGGGCCCGGGGAAGAAGGGCGGCGGCGCCGUCGGUGUCGGUGGGCCGAUGGGCGGCAUGCUGCCUCAACAGGCCAUGAUGAGGCCUAACAUGAUGGGUGGUGCCGGCUUCCCCGGCGCGGGGCAGAUGGGCGGCGGACCCAUGACCAUGAGCAUGCCGAUGGGCCACCACCCGCACAUGGGUAUCAUGCAGCAGGGUGGCGGUGGCGGUGGUGCCGUACAGGGCAUGCCAGCGCCGGGGUUCUACCAGGGAGGCGCCAACGCAGGUGGUGGCGGUGGCAUGCCGUCGGGAGCAGAGAUGCUGCAGGCCGCCGCGGCGGCCGGGAACCCCAUGGCUCAGCAGCAGUACAUGUUGAUGCAGCAACAGCAGCAGCAGCAACAGCAGCAGCAGCAGCAGCAGCAGCAGCAGCAGCAGAUGAUGAUGAUGAAUGGCCAUGGGCACGGGCCGCACGGCCAUGGCCACCACCACCACGGCCACGGCGGCGCCGGUUACUACGGCUACGGCCGCCCACCGAUGCAUUACCCGAUGGCCUACCCAAUGCCGCCGCACUCGCACACCGACAAUUACAACAUCUUCAGCGAUGAGAACCCCAACAGCUGCUCAGUGAUGUGAGGUGGGGGAAGAGAUCCAGGCCUGUUGCUUCAUCUUGCUGCUCUGAUCAAAGUGAAUCAAGUGAAGGAACUGAAGGCGAUCGUCGAUCAGCAUCACCAAUUCACCAUGGUUGAAACUCCUUGGAUGGAUGAAUUAGUAUACAUGAGAAAUGAGUCCCCAGCUAGAACCUAUCCUCCUUUCCCUUUUCUCUUUCUCUUUUGUUCUUAUCUUAUUUUCCGCCUUUCUUUGGAGAAAAGGAACUUCCUUGAAUGCGAAGGUAGGUAUAGUAAUUAUGGAUAGUUGUCAUAAGAGAGGAGAUGAUGAUGAUGAUGAUUGCCUUUAUAGCCACCACUCAAUAGGGGCGGUGCUUGUGGCUUCAUCCCUUCUUGCUUCAUAAGGUGGGCUGAUGGUAGAUCAAUAUUGUCAAUCUCAGUAACUCAGUGUGCAUAUAUGUUGUGGUUUCCAUUCUAACUAUAUAAUGGUCAUGGAAGUUCUACAAUAA